CUUUUAUCAUAUAAUACAUUUCAUUCUUUUAAUUAUAUUUAUCUAAUUUAUCUCAGAUAUACAAAAUAUGCACAAAUGUCUAAAUAUUCAGGUGCACCAGUGCAAGUGCAUCUAUAUAAUAAAAUUAUAUAUUUAUUUGAAAUCUAACAAAUAUAGAAAUUGAGAAGAAAUUGUCUUUAGAAUACUACAUAUUUUUUUUAUAUAAAAUGGCUUUCAAAUGUUAUCAUGUAAAUUUUGCUUUCUAUAUUUCAAUGCGUAUUUAAAUCACGCGUGCAUUUAAAUUUCGAUAAAGGCGAAUUGGAAACAAAACUCACGAAAAAAUAAGAUGUGUGUGCAAAGUUUGUGACAUCGGUAUUGAAAAUUUAUUUUGCGAAGGUGCAUUAUGCGCACAUAUAUGUAUAAACAAUUGAUGUAUUUUCUUUGGAAAGAAAUGUAAUAUAGCAAUAGGAUCAUCAUACAUACAAUUAAAAUAUAACACGGGAUGUCUCGUCACUGCAGGCGAGGCUAGGAGCGAAACACUGUCAUAUAUAUGUCUCUUGCUUACGAGUUGUAAUAUUGUUUUGAUCAAAGUAUAUUCGCGUCGUGCUUUAUAAUUGCGUUUCGCUUGCUUCAAUGGAUUUGAUGUCACCACACAAUACUGCUUUAAUUAAAGAAUCUUUCAUACACUUAAUUAUCCUGGCGAGAGAGAGAGAGAGAGCGCGUCUUGACACGUACGACUUUGAAUCGACUUUGACUUCCAGGCGGCGCUGGAAUGCAGUGCGUCACGAGUCACGUGACGGGCGCGGAGUGGGGAGCAGCUGCGCAUUUCAUUCUUCCCACCACCGUUCUCCACUACGCAUCAUGACGAAGCGAGAGAGAAAAAGCACCGCUCUCUCUCUUUCUCUCUCUGAAGAUAUUUGCGAAAAAUCGUUUUCUUAUCAAGAAUAUGUGUGUCGCAGUCAUCUACAUGUCGUUCAUAUGUGCUAAUCAACGUUUUAAAUAUUUAUCAGUUCUAAGUAUCACAUGUAUCGGAAUUCUGAUUGAAAAUGGUAGACGAUCCAAAUCGUGACAUUUUGCCCGUAAAAGAAGGCUCUUACGCCGACACAAUUAUUAGUGUGUGUGGAAUAGAUCCUAGGGAACGUCAUCUCGUUUGCAAGCUCGACCGCUAUCAACUAGAGGACAAGUAUUUACGUUUACUGGAUGAGGCAAGCAAUCUGAAGAAAUUAUCGAAUUGUCAGGAGGACAAGAUUAAGCGGCUCGGUACAAAGCUGAUAAGACUGGCUGGUAAUCCAAGAUCGUGUGGAUUCGCAUUAGAUAUUGCCGACGAUAAAAAUAAAACGGCUGCGCUCGAGCUCGAAAAUACCAAGUUGAAGGAGAAAAUCGCUGUGAUGAGAAAUCAGUUGUUGAGUCACACGAUGAGCGGUAGAUCAUCAUCGCGCAGUCGUAAUCUCGUUAGGCCAUCGUCUUCCGGAUUCGUGACGUGCCGAAGUGAGAAUAAUCGCACAAGAGUACCGUCCUGUCAAUGCAUCGUUGGAGCAGGGGAUGACGAUAACGACAUGCGAAAUUACCUCGUUAAAAUCGAGAAAUUGGAGGCGCAGAAGAAAGAUAUGGCAUGCCGUAUAACAGAGUUGGAGAAAGAGCUGGCACUUUCGACUAAUAAUCAAAGGGAAAAGGUAGCGGAGAAUGUGGAAUAUAUACGAGUCUGGCGACAGAUGAAGCAGCUGAAUGAUAAAUUAAUGACGGCCCAAGAGAAAAACGCCGCGUUGACUGCUGAAAUUACCGACUUGAAAACGACUCUUGAACAAACGACGAAAAAUAAUCAGGAGAUUGCGGCCAUUCUUACGUCAGAGAGGACGCGCAUAGCCGAAAUCGAUCAUCAGAUGUUAAAUAAGAAGAAUUCAGAACUUACGUUACGCGAAAAGGAUGAACAGAUACGAGAUUUUAUGAACGAAAUUAAGAUAUUACAACAACAUAAUAACGAGCUUAUCGCGCUUACUUCGAAAUACGGCCAAGUCGAAUUUGAAAAUAUAGAAUAAAAAAAACUUUCUGAAAAUACUCAAGAUCAACAAACUUUGAAAACUACAUUCAGUAACGACGAGCAGUCUAGUAUUGUAACAUUGAGGGCUACAAAUGAGCGAUUGCUCGCGAAACUUCAAGAAUUGCAGACAAACAUAGAUAUUUUGACGGUGCAAGUAGCGUCUUUUCACAAGGAAAACGGAAAGUGCGACGCUAUCGCUUCAAAAAUGACACUAUCGACGGACGUAAAACAAUGCAUGAAAUGUUGUGAGAUGUAUGAUAAAAUGAUGCAUCUGGACAAAACUGUCAGCAAUACGCGAGAAAGUUUGCAAUUGGCGGAUAAAUCAGUGCAGACAAUAAUCAUUACUGCCAGCAUAAAAGAACAGAGUACAAUGAGAAGUGAGGAGAAGACAUCGUUGCAGUCGCCAUUGAAAGAAUGGAAGACUCAGGAAACAAAUGGCACGAAUGUUUUAUCUCGCGAAAAAAUAUUAAAACUGUUGGACCAGGCACAGAUUAACACACCUUUGGACGCGUCGAGGAUUACUCAAAAGGAAGAAUAUACGGGUAUUUUGGAUGUAGCUCAGAGGCACAGGCAAGUCGUACCUCUCGAGAAGCUAUUGUUCGAAUCCGAUCAUCGUUGUGCGAGCUGCGCUCCUCAAUUAACCGCCCUUGACACUAAGGAUUGCAGAAAUCUCGCGUGCGAAAAGAAGUCUACAACCAUCUUAAUGAGAGAUACCGCUUCAUCGAUGAGAGACCUGCUUGAUGUUAGUAGUCUCUUUCCUAAAAUUCACGAGAGCUGCAGGAAAUCAUCGUAUCGCGACAUUAGUAAAGACUUUUACGCAGAAAAGACUGGAAAGAAAUUCAAGUCACCACACUACCCUAGAUGUAAUCUAACGUGCCACUUUCGCGAAGCGAAGGGUCCAUUGGAGGAGAAGCAGAAAUUACCCUGUAGACUCGAAUGUCUAAAUGACAAUAUGAAAUUAUCAGCGCGUCCAACGGAGUGCUUUCCUCUACUAAUUACCGAUAGACAAGGUCUCAUUGAGAUUCAUAUUUCACGACUACAACUUUCUACAUCGGUCGCAAAAAUUUCAGAAGAAGAAGACAUAUGUAAUCUUCAUAUUUACAUAAGCUGGGACAUUUGGGGUGAGAAGACCGCUUACACGCCGAAAAUGAAGUGCCCCAAUUUGAUCUUCAACUCGUCCUCCGUGUAUCGCAUAGCGGAUCUCACUUCUUUCUUCAAGAACGUCCUGUCGGAGUACCUGGUCUUUCGAGUGAAUAUCGUUCGUCAAAACGAUACCAGCUCCACGCUCGCCCGAGCGAAAGUCUCCAUCAGGGAUAUCUUGGAUUAUCCACAGAACAAGUUACACUACAUUGUUCCCGUGAAUAGCGUUAUUUCCUGCUUUUUCGGCGUCAAUUGCGGCCAGCUAUCGCUCUGGGUCCGAUUAAGCUGCAACGUCGACAUGGUCGAAGCCUUUAAGAAGCAGUGUGGCAUAACAUCUCUGCGAGACGAUCUUCAGCAUGUGCCUUCGAUUAGGAAGGCCACGAAUGACGUGCCGAAGAAAAUGUUUGUUCCACAACCUUCGGUCGAGGUGCCUGAACUACCGAUGAUGACGUUUGAAGAGACACCUCCGAAGGAUCAAGAUGUAAAAGUUGUAAGAGAUAGCGAAACGAUACACGUAAAUUCAAAGGAUCUUCAUAUCCGAUCGCCAUUAGACAUAAAUUUUGAAUAUGAAAACUCGGAAGAGGAAAACGAGAAUUCGAAUAAUGAAAAUUUCACUUUGCAUCGCGAUGACCGAAGACCCGCAGAGAAUAGAGGGAUUAUAGCAAAAUAUUCAGAUUCCGAAGCACUCAGGGAUAGUGUCGAGAAGCAGAGAAACAACGAUCCGAAGGAUUCAUCGAGUAUGAAGGAGUUUAGGAGUUUAAUCGAGAAUCAUCUCGAAAAGGAUACGAUAAUCAUAGAAAUAGCGAGCAUGCAACUUCUGAGUGAUAGCUCUAUCAUGCAGGAUAAUGAGAUACAAUUGCUUUAUGUGGAAUAUUCUUUCCUUAAACAUCGCGGCGAAGAUAUGGAAACAACUUCCGUGAUAAAGCCAAAAACAGCUAAACAAGAAAUGUUUUAUAAUUUUAAGAAACAAUUUCGAAUAGACGAAAAGACACACUCUAUAGAAAGAAAUAUUUUACGCUCAAUGUUGGCCGAAUCUAUAAGUCCAAAUGUUAAAUUUAUUAUCAUUAGCGAACCAUUACCCGAAGAAAACCAAGUUAAAGAAUGCGAAGAAGUCGGUUAUGCAAUUUUUAAUAUAAAAAAAUACGCACUUGGCGAUGGCAACAGAGAUAUGAUACUGCCGAUCAAAGAUGAUCGAAAUAAACAAAUUGGCACGCUAAAGAUCAUUGUGUUGGGUUUUGAUGCUAUUCGACAAUGUUUAUCGGAAGUUAAAACAAUUAAGCAAAUAUCAUAAACGGAUGUUAUAUAAGCAUCUAGAUCAUUUUUACAUCGAAUUAAAGUUCGCACACACAUACACAUACGUAAAAAAUUAAUGUUCUAUCUGAUUUAAGCAACAAAAUUAAAUCUCUAAUCCUUUCUUUAAAAGA